AUUAACCUAAAACUGGGGGGACGUAGGCAAACACACGUGGGAAGUGGUUUAUAAGAAGAAUUUUAUUUUUGUUGGGUAAAAAAGGGUUUUGGAGGGGAAAUGGCGCAGGGGAAGUUGAAAGUAAAGACCUCGACUCCAGGGGGGAAGAAGGGGAAGGCUGGGGGGAGUAAGAAGGGCCCUCAGGUGCAGAGGCGAAACAACGCCCCCAUAAAACCCAAAAAAUCGAAAUUCGAGGAGACCCACAAGCUCAAACAGAUGAUAACAAGAACCGUGAAUAGGGCAAUGGAGAAUGAACUUCGAGAUAAAGCCCUGGAGGGAAAGAAAUCACUGACGAAAAAGGAGAGUAAACCCUCGACGUCCCAAAAGUCUUGAUGUAAGCUCCCCACAAUUACCUAAUCGAUCGUGAAAUACACCAAAAAGUUGUAAAUGUUCAAACUCAAUACAUUUAUUUAUUACUCUUCGAUAAUAAUUUAUACAUCUCUUACAAUAAUGCUGCGAAACAAUUGGAAACAUUUCCUCGUGUUCUCAUGGCACUGGAACCAGCAGAUUCUGCUGGAGUCCAUGCAUCUUAAUAUAUUAUCUAUUAUCUCUUUAGUAUCCUUCCUCUAAAAUCACAUUUCACUUAUGGGGAGGCGACCUGGGGAAAGAAAAUUACAGAAAAUACAGUGGAUCAUCAGUUGAAAUUGUCCAGAGAGAAAUUAAAUAGUUUGGGGAGGAUUAUUCACCACUAGAAGAUGGCCACUUUGUCGAUUUUUAGUGAUUGCUGGGGUUGUUCCUUUCGUGAACUCGAUUGUACCCUCUUUUCCACUGACUAGUUUGUGUGAGACCCUUGAAUAGAAAAAAUGAUAAGAAUUAUUCAGUUGUGAAUUUUUUGAAACAUCGACAUUUUCACAAUUUGAUAAAUGACCAGUAAUUUCACAUGUCCAAUUGAUUUUUUUAUCAAUUAAAAUUUAUAAAGAAUUGAAUAACCCACAAAAUCCAAAGAAACUAGGAAACAAUAUCAUUCUUACGAUUCCUUAUUGACGAUAUUCAAUAUCCUCGGGUUAUUGGUGAUGUCAAUAGCCUUGGUGAGGGCCUCGAUUAUGUGUUCGACCUCAAGAAUCAGAUCUCCCUGCAAAAAAGUCCAUGAAAAUUGGAAAUUGCUCCUGUAUUGCGUACAGUAUAGUUAUUUUUGCUAAUAA